AUGGUUGCUAUCCGCAAUCUGAGCCUUGCGCUCCUCCUGACAGGGGCCUUGGCUAUGCCCUCUCCCCAGGACGCUUCCACAACCCCCACUACGGCCGCCAGCUCCCCAGAUACAGCCUCUUCCCAGUUGGACCAGCUCGCCGACUUUGCAUACAACGUCACCACCGACAACGUACCAAACAACGCAGGCAUAAAACGUGGCAGCUGCUCGCUCAGCAACCUGCGCAUCCGGCGCGACUGGAGAGCCUUUUCGUCCUCGCAGAAGAAGGCGUACAUCAAGUCGGUUCUGUGUCUGCAGCAGCUGCCUGCGCGUACCCCGUCCAGCGUGGCCGCCGGGGCAAAGACGCGCUAUGACGACUUUGUGGCGACGCAUAUCCAGCAGACCUUGAACAUCCACUAUACUGGGACGUUCCUGGCCUGGCACCGCUACUUCAUCUACCAGUUUGAGCAGGCUCUGCGCGACGAGUGUGGAUACACCGGCGACCACCCGUACUGGAACUGGCCCGCGGACGCCAACUCGAUGGAAACCUCACCCGUCUUCGACGGCAGCGACACCUCCAUGUCCGGCAACAGCGCGUACGUCGCUGACAAGGGAGACAUCGCCCUGACACUCGGCAACUACCCGAUCGUCUACCUCCCCGCCGGCACAGGCGGCGGCUGCGUCACCAGCGGCCCCUUUGUCAACUACACGGUCAACCUGGGCCCCGCGGCGCUGAACCUCCCCGGCGGGACAAUGGUCGCGCAAUCCAACCCCCUCGACUACAAUCCACGCUGCCUGAAGCGCGAUCUCACCACCGCGAUACUCCAGCGCUACGCCAACGCCACCGCCGUCGUGGACCUCAUCCUCGAGAACAAGGACAUCUGGGACUUCCAGAUGGUCAUGCAGGGCGUCCCCGGCAGCGGCUCGAUCGGCGUCCACGGCGGAGGCCACUACUCCAUGGGCGGCGACCCCGGCCGCGACGUGUUCGUCAGUCCAGGCGACCCGGCUUUCUGGCUGCACCACGGGAUGAUCGACCGCGUGUGGUGGAUCUGGCAGGCUCUGGAUCUGAAGAACAGGCAGUAUGCCAUCUCGGGGACGGGCACGUUCCUGAACCUUCCGGCGUCGCCUAAUACGACGCUCAGCACGAUGAUUGAUCUCGGGUAUGCGAAUGGGGGGUCGAUUGCCAUGCAGGAUCUGAUGAGUACGACUGCUGGGUCUUUUUGCUAUGUUUAUCUGUAG